AACACUAUUACAAAAAGAAUCCCACCAAGAUGCUAAAAAGUUUAUUCAUUAUAAUUUUUUAGGUAAUCAUGGCCAUCGAUGCCAAAGAUCAAUCUCACAAGGCCCAUAGAUCUCGUCAAUCCGGUCCCAAUUCAAAGAAGAAAACAAAGGAUGAUAAGGUGAAGAGGAAGGGUGAAGUGUCGGAGAAUGAUAGGAAGCAGAAUCCGAAGGCAUUUGCUUUUAACUCAUCAGUAAAAGCCAAGCGGUUGCAAUCUCGUUCUGUCGAGAAAGAACAACGUAGGCUUCAUGUUCCCACAAUUGAUCGCUGUUAUGGUGAACCGGCUCCUUAUGUCAUUGUUGUACAAGGACCUCCCCAGGUCGGGAAGUCUCUUUUAAUAAAAUCUCUAGUAAAGCAUUAUACCAAACAUAAUUUACCAGAAGUUCGUGGACCAAUUACAAUUGUGUCAGGUAAACAAAGGCGGUUGCAGUUUGUAGAGUGCCCAAAUGAUAUCAAUGGGAUGAUUGACGCAGCAAAGUUUGCUGAUUUGACUUUGCUUCUUAUUGAUGGUAGUUACGGUUUUGAGAUGGAGACUUUUGAGUUUCUCAAUAUUUUGCAUAAUCAUGGACUUCCAAAAGUUAUGGGGGUUCUCACUCACCUUGAUAAGUUUAAGGAUGCAAAAAAGUUAAGAAAAACGAAGCAGCGUCUUAAACAUCGUUUUUGGACUGAGAUACGAACUGGAGCGAAAUUAUUUUAUCUAUCUGGGCUUAUAAAUGGGAAAUACCCUAAUCGUGAAGUUCACAAUCUUGCCCGAUUUAUCUCUGUGAUGAAGUUUCAGCCUCUGUCUUGGCGUACCAAUCAUCCAUAUGUUUUGGUGGAUCGUUUUGAAGAUGUCACUCCACCUGAAAGAGUGCAUAUGAAUAAUAAAUGUGAUAGAAAUAUCACACUUUAUGGUUAUCUUCGAGGUUGUAAUUUGAAGAAGAAGGGAACUAAGGUUCACAUUGCUGGUGUGGGUGACUUUGAUUUGGCUGGUGUAACCAGUUUGGCUGAUCCUUGUCCCUUGCCAUCUGCUGCCAAAAAGAAAGGACUACGUGAUAAGGAGAAAUUGUUUUAUGCUCCUAUGUCUGGGCUUGGGGAUCUCUUGUAUGACAAGGAUGCUGUUUAUAUAAACAUUAAUGACCAUUUCGUGCAGUAUUCCAAGGUUGAUGAUGAUAAAGGAAAGGAUCAAGACGUGGGCGAGGUUUUGGUGAAAUCUCUCCAGAACACAAAAUACUCAGUUGAUGAGAAGUUAGAGAAGAGCUUUAUUUCCCUUUUUGGCCGAAAACCUGAUAGCUCAUCCGAAGCUAGGAGUGAUGCAAACAAUACUCUUGAAAAUGCAAAUCGGAUUCAUGAAAUUGAGCCAUUAGAGCAAUACCAGUCUGGGUUGAUGGAAGUUGAUAGGCCUGGUCUACUACAUGAUACAGAUGAUUCAGAGUCUUCAGAUCAAGACAAACCUGUCCAGGAAAAGGCUAAAUUUGAAAGUGAGGGUACUGAUGAAGAAUAUCAUGAUUUAUUAGAUCAGAAGGCCCCUGUCGAAGACCAUAUGAAGGAACAUGUUGAGUUUCAUCAAGGGAGGCUUAGAAGGAAAGCUGUUUUUGGAAAUGAUGUUGAUUCGGACGAUCUCAUGGAUUCAGAUGAAGAAGAAGAUGGCAGUGACAAUGAUGCUGAUGGUCAAGAUGAUGAUCUUGAGCAAGAUGUGAACAAUAUGGGUAACACAUCAAAGUGGAAGGAGUCUUUAUUAGAAAGGACCAGCUCUAGGCAAUACUCGAAUCUCAUGCAACUUGUGUAUGGGAAAUCCACAUCAAUAUCUACAACCUCAAGCAAUGAAGCACAUGAUACUAGUGAUGGAGAGAGUGAUGGAGAAAGUGAUGGGGAUGACUUCUUUCGGCCUAAAGGCGAGGGGAAUAAGAAGGAUAGCAAAGGAGUUGAUGCUGAGAAUAUUAGUUCUGAGGAUUAUUCCAAAUUUACAAAUUUCCUCGAUGAUAAUAAUAUUGAGAGCAUUCGUGACCGCUUUGUCACUGGUGAUUGGUCGAAAGCUGCUCUCAGAAAUAAAAGUUCUGAGGAUAAAUUUGGAGAUGAUAGUGAUGUCUAUGGUGACUUUGAAGAUGUAGAAACUGGUGAGAAGCAUGAGAGUUUUCAUGCUGAGAAUGCUACUGAUGCAAUGGUCCAGAAGGCAGAGGACUCAACAAUUGAGGAGCGCAGGCUGAGAAAGCUUGCUCUUCGUGCAAAGUUCGAUGCUGAAUAUCAUGGCUCUGAGGCAACAGAAGAUGGAAGUGAUGUAGAAGAAGGGGGCAAGUUGAACCAUAAUGAAGCCAAUGAAAGUGAUUAUUAUGACAAGAUGAAGGAGGAAAUUGAAAUUAGGAAACAAAUGAAUAAAGCUUUACUUGGUGAUCUUGAUGAAGCCAUCCGAUUGGAGACUGAGGGCUUCCAAUCAGGGACAUACGUAAGAUUUGAAGUGCAUGAUGUUCCUUGUGAGAUGGUUGAACAUUUUGAUCCUUGCCAGCCUAUUUUGGUUGGAGUAAUUGGUCGUGGGGAGGCAGACGUUGGAUAUAUGCAGGUUAGACUAAAACGGCACAGGUGGCAUAAAAAGGUAUUGAAGACUAGAGAUCCAUUAAUUUUUUCUAUUGGAUGGAGACGUUACCAAAGUACACCUGUUUAUGCAAUCGAGGAUUCAAAUGGGAGAUACCGCAUGCUUAAAUAUACUCCUGAACACAUGCACUGUAUAGCAAUAUUCUGGGGGCCUAUUGCACCGCCUAACACAGGGGUUAUUGCUGUUCAGACUUUAUCUAGCAAUCAGUCAACGUUCAGGAUAUCUGCAACAGCUACUGUGCUUGAAUCCAAUCAUGAAGCGCAGGUGGUCAAGAAAAUCAAGCUAGUUGGGUAUCCAUGCAAAAUUUUUAAGAAGACCGCACUUAUAAAAGAUAUGUUUACUUCAGACCUCGAAAUAGCUCGUUUUGAAGGUGCAGCUGUGCGAACUGUCAGUGGAAUCCGGGGCCAGAUCAAGAAGGCUGCAAAAGAGGAGAUUGGUAAUCAACCCCAAAAGAAAGGAGGUGUAGCCAAAGAAGGGAUUGCUAGGUGCACCUUUGAGGACAAGAUUCGGAUGAGCGAUGUAGUUUUCUUGCGUGCAUGGACUCGAGUUGAAAUUCCUCAAUUCUACAACCCGCUGACAACAGCAUUGCAACCUCGCGAUCAUAUUUGGCAAGGGAUGAAAACUGUGGCUGAACUUAGGAAAGAACAUAACCUUCCCAUUCCUGUGAACAAGGAUUCCAUCUACAAGCCAAUUGAAAGGCAAAAGCGGAAGUUCAAUCCAUUGGUGGUUCCCAAGUCAUUACAAGCAGCCUUGCCAUUCAAAUCAAAACCAAAGGAUACACCUAGUCAGCAGAGGCUGCUUCUCGAAAACCGAAGAGCUGUCGUUAUGGAGCCUCGUGAUCGAAAAGUUCAUGCUCUUGUUCAGCAGCUUCAACUUAUGAGACACGAGAAAAUGAAAAAGCGAAAGCUCAAAGAAGAGAAGAAGCGAAAAGAACUCGAAGCGGAGAAUGCCAAAAACGAGCAGCUUAAUAAAAAGCGGCAGAGAGAAGAACGACGGGUGAGAUAUAGGGAAGAGGAUAAACUAAGAAAGAAAAUUCGUAGAGGUUGAAUGUUUGGUGGUUGGCCAUAGUUUAUUAUGAGAUUCAUUCAUCAAUGAUUUUUUUCUAAUAUAUUUGGAGCGGUUUUAGGAUGAUUUUGUAGAGUAGCACUUUUUCGUCAAGUAGUUUUAGGAAGUAUUAAUUAAGUACUGUCUGUAAAAGCAUGUAUUUUACAAAUUUUCAGAAUCUUUCCAAGUAUGUAACCAAACGCACCAUAAAAAUUUUGAAUGAUGUUUAUUAUAGAUUAAAGUA